GUAACUGUCGUUCCCGAGAUGAUGCUGCUGCUGCUGCUGCUGCGCGCUCCCUGAAAAUGUUGCGCAGGUUGUAAUGCAAAGAAGGACAGAGAGAGGAAGGAGCAGCAGUGCCAGUGCAGAGAGCUGACCAGUUUAGUCGUCCACUAUCUCCGUGCCUCACCCUAUGGAUCCCAGUCUAUAAUAACGCCCAGCUAGCACUGCAUACAGCACCUACGGCUUUUUUUGGGAAAAUUGUGGGAGGGAGGUGUCACAUCUGGAGGAGCCUGCAGCAGCAAUUUGGCGAGGAGGAGAGAGAAGAGAGGCAGCGCUGGAGGAAGCGGGCAUCAUUGGCAACAUUUACACACUAGCUCUAAACUUUCAAUUGCCAUUGCAAUUUAGCGGGAAGCUAAGUGAAGGAGGCAGGGGUAAGGACGUGUUACCCUAAUAGGGCAGAUCAUUGUAGGGCACCACAGCUCCGCAGACUGCGGGUGGUGACUGAUAGCAGGGUAGGAGCUGCACCUUUACCAAAACACACUGGUAGAUCUCCAAAAUAGAAGGGGGCGUAGGCAUCCCAUACCUAGAAUAUCACAAGCAAGAUCAGCAAGGACGGGGGCAUAGUAGUGGCUGCUUGGUUUGUGGGUAUUUGCAAGUAAGAGUAGUGAAGAAUUAUUUAUUCUUAAGAAUCAGCUUAUUGCAAGAAGUGGCAUAUUUGCAACCACCUAGACAGCUGUAGUGUGGCACAGCACCAUUGGCAUCCGUGCAUUGCAGAGGGGGGUGUGUCACCGUGCAUCGCUCACUCUGCAACAUAGGAAAAAGCGUCCUCUGCAUUAACAAGAGGGUGUCUACCAGUGGACUGGAGACUACUUGGCACAGGGAAACAACCCCGGAGAUUGGCAUGGAGCUGUCUGCCAUUGGUGAACAAGUGUUUGCCGUAGAGAGCAUUCGCAAGAAGAGAAUAAGAAAGGGUAAUGUGGAAUAUCUUGUGAAGUGGAAAGGCUGGCCCCCAAAGUACAGUACCUGGGAACCAGAAGAACACAUUCUGGAUCCACGACUUGUCUUGGCAUACGAAGAAAAGGAAGAGAAAGAAAAAGCGUCUGGGUGCAGGAAACGAGGUCCAAAACCUAAACGCCUUCUAUUACAGAGGCUAUAUGGUAUGGACCUGCGCAGCGCACACAAGUCUAAAGAGAGAAAACUGUGCUUUUCGCUAUCUCGGAGAUUCACAGCAGCAACCUCUUCCGUGCCAGAGAAAGCAAAGUCACUGCAGUUCCCACUCAGCAAGCAGCGCAAAGGGCGAAAGUUUCUGUGCCUCUCCCGCAAGAAGUUUCUGCGGGUGCCAACCUACGAGCCACUGAGCCUGAGGUCAGAGUUCUUUGCCAAGGAGGAUGGAAAGGAGGAAGCACAACCCAUCCCUGAAUGGCAAGAGGAAAAACCUGCUGAAGAAGAGAAGUAUGAAAGCAAAGACACUGAUGCAGUUGACAUUGAAGAUGACACAAAGUCAGCGGCUCCACCUCCAUGGCUUCCUGUCCUCCCCAGGCCCAGCGAGAUCACCGUUACAGAUAUCACCUCAAAUUCUAUCACGGUGACUUUCCGCGAGGCUCUGUCAGCUGAAGGCUUUUUCCGGGACCGCAGUGGCGACUGAUAGUUUCAUUCUUCCUUUUCUACUGUAUCAUUCUUGUAUUCCUCUCCCAUUCUCCCUCUAUAUUGAAAUUUGAAGACUGCAAGUAACUGUAACCAGAAAGUAUUCCCUCUCUAACAGGCCUGUGUACACAUGCAGAACAUUGAUCCUGUUUUAGAAAGGGCGUGAUCUUUCUUUGAGUAUUUUUUGCUGGCUCCACAAAAAAUGGCACUGACAUUGUCAAAAUGAAUCUCUAUGAAGUUGUCUCAACUAGUUCUCUAUGACAAUCGUAUAUCCAAAUAUUGUGUUGAGAGUACAUUAUAUAGAUGCUACUUCAUACCUGUUGACACAUGGUAAAUGUGAAAGAUUGUUGCAGAGGCAAUAGGUAGGUUGAAUUUGUUCCACAGCAAACAUGGAGUAUACAUAAACUCUCUUCCUUUCCAGAUAGACAAGACGGUGUCUUUUACAAAUGUUGGAUUUGAUAAAGUUCUAGUUAUGAUCUUGCCACCCAUGUGGUUAUUUAGAAUAAGUUCUUGUAAUUGCUAUGACAGUUAACAGAAAAUAACACCAAGCUUCACAUAUUCCCCUAUGCUAUGUAUUUAAUACAUAAAUAGACAGGGGAAGCAAAAUGAUUGAAUGUCAUACAAUGGCAUAGCAUAUUCUCUUUUAAUGAUAGGCGUUUUCGCUACAACGACACAUCUUGUUGUUAUCUGAUAUGGGACUCCUGUGUUCAUACAGCACCCUGUACAGACAGUCAUUUAACUGCACUUAUACAGCAUCUUGUACUAAUUCGACUAAUGUAUUUGCACUUACAGCAUACUGUAAUACUUGCAGAUGCUUAAACAAUGUUUGGUCAGUAUAGUGUAUAAAAUCCUGAGUUUUACAGUUUAUACACAUUGUACAAUUUAUAUUUGUAAUGGUAUUAGCACGGUCACCUAUACUAUCUGCUUCUGUUCUUGUGAGCUUUACCUGGAUAUUAGUGAUGGACCACUUGCACAGCAUAGUACAGCAUACUAAUCCAUUAUACUUCUGAAUGUCACUUGCUCUCCUGUAGUAACGUGAUAUAUUAUUCAUUACAGUCUGCAGUGCAAAUACAAAAUGUACACGUGUAUUUAUAACAAGAUCCGUGUUUCAGAUUUCCAUAAAUCUACCAGUGCAGUUAUAGAAAAUUAGCGUUUACCAAAAUAUGCAAAAGGUGGAUACAGGGUAAAGCUUAUAUGAUGGAGGAUCUGAGGUUGUUUGAGAUAAGCACUUUAUACUGCACUUCGUAAAAUAACUAUUUGUGAAGGUUAAAAACACACUGGUAUUUUAGGGUGUUCAUUGUAGGCCUCAAAGCAAAAUGAUGUACCACUCCAGGGUGAUAAAAUACUAAUUUUGAUAGAGGGAGGCAGCUAACCACUAACUGCAGAAACUAUAGCAGCUGCACCUUGUGCCACUAUGGUAGUUCCGUCCUUAGGGUAAAUUUACUAAGGUGGGAGUUUUUUUAGAACUGGUGACGUUACCCAUAGAAACCAAUCAGAUUCUAUCUGUUAUCGCCUAGAAGCAGCUGAAUAAAUGUUCAGUAGAAUCUGAUUGGUUGCUAUGAGCAACAUCACCAGUUCUAAAAAGAAAACCUCCCAUCUUUAGUAAAUGUACCCCUUAUGUAUGUAUGAAUGUUGUACUCAUUAUUACUAAUGUGUGUUAGGGUCUGAUUACUAAUUAAAGCAUUUGCUUUUUUGAACUGUU